AUGCUUCGGAGGGUUCUUUUGCUUGUGGCGUUGGCAUUUUCGGUUAUCUUUCCGAUACAUUUACUUUUCCAGUAUAAAACAAUUGGAGAUAGUUUGCAAAUUUUUGAUAAAAUCAAGCUUCAACCGUUUACACAAGAAAGCGUCCAACCGCAACAGGAGACAUACUUGACCUCGUCCAUUAUCAUAUUUCCCAAAGGUUUCCAAAUUGAGGGGUUAUACCACAACAAACAGCUUGUUGACGGGAAGAAAGUGAUCACGUAUCAGGGGAACUCAUCAGCAUUGACUUAUGAGCAACUCCAAAUGCCUAGAAAACCUCACCAGAUUCAAUUAUUUAACUCUAUACAUAAAGGUGCAUGUCAUGAAUUGUUAGAGCUGCGAGAAUUAGUCAUCAGUGACAAUCUUGUGUUUGACGACGAUUUCAAAACCAUGGCUGAAAUAUUAAUUCACCAAUUGAAAACUCAGGAGCCAUUCAAGGAGUUGUUCAAAUUUUUCAGCAAUUUACCUCAAAUAAUUAAAGAAAGGACUUUGCGCAAGCAUUUUUACAAGUUCUCAGGCACGUCCGUGUGGCUCAAAGAUUACGGCGUUCAUUUUAUGGUUAGUCGUGUGAUGUACUCUCCUCAAGGAUUGAAAUGGAAGUGUAACAUUUCAUUAAUGUAUGUUCAGAUAUAUGAUGUUAAUUGGCAAGAGUUGACUAAUGUUGAAUUGAUGAUACCGGUAAUGACCUCCAAGGGAUACAGGGAAGAUCAAAACUUGAGAUUUCCUCAGUUUUCACCUAUGCCAUUUUAUUUUAAUCAUCAAGAGACGAAGAAAAGGUGGUACGGUUUAGAAGACAUUAGGAUUAUGUUGGUUGAAAACGAAAUGAAACAAGAAGAACCGAUGAUCAUUUUCAAUUCCCAACAUCGAAGCAUAAAGAACCACACAAUGGAUGACAAGAUGGAUUUGCAAAUGAUUACAAAUUUUGAAAUCCACAGAUCCAUGUUUGUUGGAUGGCCAUUCAGAUACCAGUUGGGGAAACUCAACUGCGAUGGGAUUCCUAACCUCAAGUUUGAUCAUAUACACUAUAAUGCAGUUUCCGAGUUAAGAAUUGCAAACCAAGAAAGGAAACCAAUAGAGAAAAACUGGGCUCCGUUUAUUGACCCCAGGGAAAGAUUUUCUGAUGGUCCAGGUGACAAGUUUAUCUACUUUGUCUACAGGUGGGACAGUUUUGAAGUUUUAAAGUGUGAAUUGAAGAGGAUCUCUAAUGGCGAUAUUAGCAACUGUUUAUUUAUCUACAAAGAACUGGAAGAACUGAAAGAACUGAAAGAACUGAAAGAACCGAGAGAACUGGAAGAACUGGAAGAACUGGAAGAACUGAAAGAACUGGAAGAACCGAAAGAACUGGAAGAACCGAAAGAACUGGAAGAACCGAAAGAACUGGAAGAACCGAAAGAACUGGAAGAACCGAAAGAACUGGAAGAACCGAAAGAACUGGAAGAACCGAAAGAACUGGAAGAACUGGAAAUCGACACUAGUGCUAAAAUUGGGCCCAUUCGAGGCGGAACCGAAAUAAUUCCCGUUUCUUCACUUGAUUCUUCGUAUUCCGGGCAAGAUGUAUGGGUUGGAUUUUUACGUGCACACAUUGAUCAUUGCGGUUGUGGCAAAGCAAUGUAUCGUCCCAAUUUUUUUAUACUAAGCAGGGUAGAAAAUGGCGAUUUCAAGGUUCUUUAUUUGUCCUCGUCAAUAUCUUUCAACAUUUCAGUUCCAGGGUGGAGAGAUCGUGAUAUACAGUGUGCUAAGAAAGACCCUAAUGUGUUGAUACCCAACGGCAUAUCACUGUGGCAAAUUGAUCCAUACACCAAGCAGGACGUAUUGAGCUUAACAUUUAGUGUAGCCGAUGAAAGUAAUAGCAUGAUUCACAUUUAUGGAAUAAAAAGAAUAAUUGAUGAAUUGGUUGAAAUUGGUAGAUCUAGAGAUUUGGAUGGUGAGGAAAUGGGAACAAAUAAAGCACUAAUGGAUUGUGUUUUGGAAGCAAGUAUACAGUUUUGUAAGGAGUAUGAAGCUGAGCAGACGAGGUUGGGAACUACUGAAGAUGUGCUUCUAGCCAAACAGAAUGAUGGUAAGGAGAAGUAG